AUGUCGGAAUCUGAGGAGCAAAAGCCACAGCAGGUUGACGAAACCCCUAUUUCGCCCAUUAGACCGGACGCCGCGCGGAAGAAUUCGCUCGAGAAUCACCUGAUGCACCGACCUAAUCGCACCGAGCUCGUUGAAAGUGGGAUAUUUCACAACCGAACAAAGAACUUAAACAUCUUUCGAACAGAAAAUAUUCUACCAGCCUCGUCUGCCGCGCCUGGACUACUUGCACACCAGAAGGAGCUUGAAAGAAACAUGCUUGAAGACAAGCUCAACGACAAGAUUUCGCACCGCCCAAACCCGGAAGAUCUGGUUAAAGAAGGCGUUCUACGCGAAGAUCCCCGGUCUGCGGAGCAAAAGUAUGAGGAAGCAAUUGAAGAUGAGUACGCGAAGCGCGAGGGUGGUGCUUAA